AUGGAGGAAGAAAUGAUGGCUCUAGACAAUAAUGGCACCUGGGACUUGGUUCAGUUAUCAACAGGUAAGAAACCUAUUAGUUGUAAAUGGGUGUUUGCUAUUAAAGUCAAUCCUGAUGGUUCUGUUGUUCGCCUCAAAUUAGAUGUUAAGAAUGCAUUCCUUCAUGGAGAUUUACAAGAGAAAAUUUAUAUGAAACAACCACCUGGAUUUGUUGCUCAGGGGGAGUCUGGUAAGACAAAAGAUUUGGGCAUGUUGAAAUACUUUUUAAGUAUUGAGGUUACAAGGUGUAAACAAGAUAUCUUUUUAUGCCAAAGGAAGUAUGUCCUUCAUCAUUUGAAAGCAACAGAAAAGCUAGGUGCUAAGCCAUGUAGUGUACCAAUGAUCCCCAACAUGCAACUUACAGCAGAUGAUAGGGAGUUAUUCUCAAAUUCUGAAAUAUACCAGAGAUUAGUGGGGAAGUUGAAUUAUCUUACUGUGACUCAUCCGGACAUUGCAUAUCCGAUGCGGAUUGGGCAGGUUCUAAAAUUGAUCGAAAAUCUACAACUAGAUAUUGUGUCAUCAUUGGAAAAUUCAGUAAAACCUGAUCUCAACCAGUCAUAUGAGAACUGGAGAGCAGUUUGCUGA